GAGAACUAAAAACUUGAACGCUGGGAGCUGUAUGCGUAUUCAGUACCCAAACGAUCAUAAACAAAGUAGCCCAGAGUUGCACAGUAUUGGAAAGACAAUUGGAAGAUGGAUGACCAGACUCUGGAAGGAAGCUUUGAAAAUCAGCCGACACUUUUCGAUCCCACUCAGAAGAAAAAGAAGAAAAAGUCAAAGCAGGUCAGCAGUGAGGCCACUCCAGAAACUCCCGAAGUAGGUGUGACCGAAGACUUGGAGGGCUUAUCGCUCGGGGAAAAUGGAAGAGAAGACAACGAAAAUAACAGUGAAGUGGAGGAAGAAGACAACCAAGACGCUCCAGCGCAGCUUAACUUUGGGAAGAAGAAGAAAAAGAAGAAGAAGGUGACGUUUGGUGACGAGCAACCUGAAGUACAAAAUACAGGUAACGACUUUGAGAAACUCGCAACUGAAGAGAGCCCUUGGUCAAAGACUGACCGAGAUUACACAUAUCAAGAGUUGCUUCGACGUAUCUUUGAUUUCCUUCACGGCAAGCACCCUUCUUUGGCAGGGGAAAGUAGAAAGAAGUUCACUUUGCGCCCUCCUCAAAUUGCGAGAGAAGGCUCAAAGAAGACUGUUUUUAUGAAUUUUGGAGACAUCUGUAAAAGUAUUCACAGGCAACCUGAACAUUUGCUUGCUUACAUGAGUACAGAAAUGGGAACUACAGGAAAUUUGCAGGAAGGUGGCAGACUUGUUCUGAAGGGUCGCUUUCAACCAAAGGGAAUCGAGAAUGUUCUUCGCAGAUAUAUUUUAGAAUAUGUGAUCUGCAAGUCUUGUCGAAGUCCAGAAUCGACAUUAAUGCGGGAUGCCAAUACCCGUUUAUAUUUCUUGCAGUGUGAGAGUUGUGGAGCAACUCGUUCAGUGACUCCUAUCCGUCAAGGAUAUGUUGCCCAAAUUGGACGCAGAAAACGAGAUUAGGGGGUUCUUAAAGACAUUAGAAUUUUUCUGAAAUCGAACUAUAGUCAAUGAUAAAGCGAGGAACGACUCCAAAUUCUAUUUUCUUCUCAAGAGAAUCCUUGAUAUACAAGAAUUUGGCGUUCACCGAGAAUAAAAUCUUAUUGAUUGAU